GUAUUCAUCAAGUUGCGCAUUUUUGUUACAACAAAAAAAAUUUUCAGCGAAUGAAAAAAAAAAAAAAAGAGGAAAAAGAAUAACACGACAAUUAUUUAAUCAAAAUUUUCGUUAAUGAGGUUUUAAAUUUGAAGAUUAAUUUUCUUUUUUGUUCUCCAACAACAACGCCGGUUACGAGAACAAAUUAUUAAUAAAAAGCUAAAACGUUUGUUUAUUUAAUCAUUGAAGAAAUAAGUAAAAUAAACAAUUUAAAAUGUUUUCAUUUGUACAACAAAAUGCAAUUGAGCCAAUGCAAGUUGAUAUACCAAAUGAAGAUAACGACAACAAUGAUGAAGAGCCAUAUGUCGUUGAAAAUCCAACAAUGGAUCUUGAAGUUUAUGCAAAUAGUUAUAAUGGUUUAGCAAAAUUGUAUCGUUUGAGUUACAUUGCUGAUCAUUGUCCAAGUUUACGUGUUGAAACACUUAAAAUGGCAAUAAAUCAUGUAAUGACAACAUACAAUGUAUCAUUGUAUCAGUUACUUCAUAAAAAAUUAUUACAAGCAAUAAAUACACCAGGAUUACCUGAUAUUGCUGCACAAUCAACAGCUCAAGAUAUACCAACAUUAAAUCAAGCAUGGGUUGAAUCAAAAUCUAAAAAAGCAGCAUUAAAACUUGAAAAACUUGAUACUGAUUUAAAAAAUUAUCGUAGUAAUUCAAUAAAAGAAAGUAUAAGACGUGGUCAUGAUGAUCUCGGUGAUCAUUAUUUAGAUUGUGGUGAUCUUAGUAAUGCAUUAAAAUGUUAUUCAAGAGCAAGAGAUUAUUGUACAAGUGGUAAACAUGUUGUUAAUAUGUGUUUAAAUGUCAUUAAAGUAUCAGUAUAUUUACAAAAUUGGACUCAUGUAUUAACAUAUGUUGCUAAAGCUGAAAAUGCACCAGAAUUUACUACUGAAACAAAUGGUAAUGGUAAAGAUAAUAAUAAUCAAGUUGUAUUAACAAAAUUAAAAGUAUCAGCUGGUCUUGCAUCACUUGCUAUGAGAAAAUAUAAAAUGGCUGCAAAACAUUUUCUUCAAGCAUCACUUGAUCAUUGUGAUUUUCCAGAAUUAUUAUCAACUGGUAAUGUUGCAUUAUAUGGUGGUUUAUGUGCAUUAGCAACAUUUGAUAGACCUGAAUUACAAAAACAAGUUAUAUUUAGUAGUUCAUUUAAAUUAUUUCUUGAACUUGAACCACAAUUACGUGAUAUUAUAUUUAAAUUUUAUGAAUCAAAAUAUGCAUCAUGUUUAAAAUUAUUGGAUGAAAUCAAAGAUAAUAUAUUAUUAGAUAUGUAUAUUGCACCACAUGUUAAUGUAUUAUAUACACAAAUACGUAAUAGAGCACUUAUACAAUAUUUUGGUCCAUAUUUAAGUGCUGAUAUGAGAAAAAUGGCUGUUGCAUUUAAUCGUAGUGUACCAGCACUUGAAGAUGAACUUAUGCAACUUAUUCUUGAUGGACAAAUACAAGCAAGAAUUGAUUCUCACAACAAGAUAUUGUAUGCAAAAGAUGUUGAUCAACGUAGUACAACAUUUGAAAAAUCAAUAAACAUUGGUAAAGAUUAUCAAAGACGUACAAGAAUGUUAUUAUUACGUUCAGCAAUAUAUAAACAUCAAAUACAAGUCAAAGUUGAUGAUUCAGCUGGUGCUGUUGAUGGUCUUCUUGAAUUAGUUAAUGAAAAAUCAUUUAAAAAAAAAGGAUUUCUUUUACAGUCCCAACAACGUGAUACACAAUUAAUUGAAAUGUCUGUUGCACCUGGUAAUAGCAGCACAACACCAAGAAGUUAAUUCAUUUAAUUUUAAUUUUUUCCAUAUUUAAAUUACUCAAGUGAUUAUUAAUACGAUAAUUUUAUACCAUCAAUGUACAUACAUAAUAAAGUGCAUUAAUUUAAUAAUUAUCAAAAUUACAAUAAUAAAAUUCA